UGCAUUAUGAAUUUGCAUCAAGUCUUGAAUCUAAAUUAACAUAUCAGUGUCAUCACUAUAAAUGUCAUUUUCGCACGUUCAGUAGACGGUCAGUUCCAAAGUCUUCUCUCUUGAUUGACGUAAAUUUAUAUUAUUAUAUUUAUAUAUUUAAAUGUAUAAAUAUUGUGAAUAGCUUGCACAAGUAUCUAUUCUUGGAAAAUAAAUCAUAACAAAUCAUUCCAAUGUGACAACUGGAGAAAUGACAACAUGGCAGAAAGCUCUUGUAAUGACAAUCAUGACUUUGUUUUCAAUAUCAUAGUUCCAGUCACCUGCCAAGGAAAUGUGCUCUGCCUGUUUGACACCCGUCUAUCCAAUGGAAAAAAUGGUGGCCAAUAAACUUAUCCUGCACAACAUGUGUUUUUGCUGUAAACACUGUCAGAAGAAACUCAGCAUCCACAACUAUUCAUCUCUUUAUGGCGAGUUCUACUGCAUUACUGACUUUCAACAGCUUUUUAAAAGAAAGGGAAAUUAUGAUGAGGGAUUUGGUCACAAACAACAUAAAGACCGCUGGAUUCAGAAAAAUAAAGGAAUAGAUGAGCCCGACAACUUGCCCACUCCCAAAACUACAAAACCCAACUCAAACACUCCUGAUGGCUCCAGGGAUUUCUCGGCCGGUGCGUUUGUUCCAAAGUCAUCUGUGAGAGAGCCGGGGUUUAACAGUGGUGCUGAUGUUAAGGGCAAACUCAAAAUGAGCUGGCCACCUGAGAAGAAGAAUACAGACAUGAAUACUUUACAGAGAACACAUACACCAACUUUGAGGAAUAAGAUACAUGACAUUAGUACAGCAGCUACUUGUGGUAUGAGCUUUACAGAGAAUGUUAAAAGUGAGAAGAACCAAUCAAAGAUCAACCAACGAGGAGAAAUGAAAGACAAGAGGGUCGAGCAACAAUCAAAGAAGGCAGGAGUUAACUCAGCUGAAUUACCUUUAAAGAAACCAAACCCCUGUAGUGAGCCAACCAGAGCUGGAAGCAUCCAGCAGGACAGCAUCUCUCCAACAGCGCCCAGCUUUUCUUCACCCUCCAUAGUAAAGGGCUUUACUGUAUCAAAUUGGAAAGCACAGCAGACAAACACGGCACCCACCUCAAGAACAAACCAUAAUCCAACAGUUAAGAGGCUGGACAAGAGCAGGAAGUUUGUACGAUUUUCUCCUCAUGUUGAAGUGGCUCACCAGGAGGAGGUCUCAGAUCAGCGUGAGCAAAAUCAAGAAAAUAUAUCCCAGGAUAAUAAAGACGACAAAAACAACUUUGAUCGUUUGACAUAUGACUUGAAUCAAAAAUGUGAGGCGAACCUUGAAAUCCCUGAUGAUAAAUAUCACGAAGAAACAAGCAGAACAUCGAACCAGGAGCCUCAUGUUAAAGUGGAGAGCAUUCAAGUGAGUUCCCAAGAUAAUAUUACAAUACCAAAUGGGAACAAGAACGAAUUGCAUGAAAGUCAUAUGAAAGAUUUUAAAUCAAUCCAAGAUGUUAUGACACAUCAAAAGUCAUCUGAUCAACUGGAUGUUAGUCCAAUGGGCUCAGUUAAUCCGUGGGAAUCACAGGAAGCAAAUACUGUGUACAGCUCUGCAGGAGAGAAAAACAAAGACGAGGCGAUUGAAAAUCCAUAUGAAAAGAGUGACUCAGCCAAUGAUCAAGAAAAUUACGAUAUUCAGAAGAAGCCUGUUGCCAGAACAGAUUCUCUGAAGGGUUCUGCAAAACCUGCUGAUAAGACAAAGGGAAAACUGGGCUCCUGGUCCAAAGGAAAGAGUCCUUUGUCUAAGCUCUUUACGUCAGGUGGGAGUGUUGCAAACAAAGUUGAACAGAAAGAUGCCAAGAGACCAGACACCAAACCGAGCGGUGGAGUUUUUGGUAGACUGUUUCAGUCAUCCUCAGAGAAGCCUGAGGAUAUCACAAAAUCCGCUGCAGCAGGUGAAAGGCAAGACAAAACACAUGAUGACAACAAAAAGACAGAGGAGGUAAAGGAAGUCAUCAUAGAAGAAAUGCAGAAGGAAAAUGACUUGCAAGUCCCACCUUUGAUACAAGAGGAUCUGAAAUCAAAUGCUGCUGAGCCGAACACACUAGAUAGUGACAAGGAUGAUGAUAGAAACAAAUCUACAGAGCCAUCCAACCAGCACACAACAUCAACAGGGGAAACAGGUGAUCAUCAUACAGCUUCAAAUAAUCAAGAGUCUGAUUUACAGAGAAGUGAGACUAAAGGUCUGCAGGUUACUGAACCAGGAAUAACUGAGUCUGGAGAUCAUCCUGCAGGAGUCCAGUCAGUCGACCAAUCAUGUGAGGAGUCACUCAGUCAGAUAACAGCAGAGAAAAGUGGUGAAGAAGUUUUGAGUGACAUGUUUGAUCAUGAUAUCUUUGGAGACAGUGUCACUCCUGUCCCUGUCCCCCCAGUGGUAACUCAGACAAACACUGACGGCUGCGUUCAAAGUCCAAAUGACUUGUUUGAUACACCAGACGAUGAAGCAAGAAAACCUGAGUGUGGAGCAUUUUCUGGUAACAACCAGGAACCUCCUCGAGAUUCCUCCCAACUUUUUGUCUCAUCUGAAUAUCCGGGGUGUUUAGGGAAUGCUCUUGGUGAUGUGUUCUCAUCUUCUGUGAGCGACACACCUUUGUCAACAGGUGCUUCUUCUGAAAGUCCGACCCUGCUUGACUCGCAGCCAUUAUCAACUGAGAAUGAAGAGAUUCUCACCUCGGCAGAUCAGCCGAUUGUCCCCAGCGCAGCACCUCUAAACCAAGAUGAGUCUCAAACUUCAGAUUCUUUCUUCACAAACAACCAGACAAUGGAGCAGGGAACUGAUCUUGACAUAUUCAGCCUUAAUGAUGUUCUGUUCAAUCAGCCGCCUGCUAAUGCUUCCAUAACCCAAACAUCCACCUUGUCCGAUGAUAUCUUUGGAGUGAGUGACACCUCAAACCGUACAGAUGUGUUUGCAGCGCUACAGAGCAGUUCAGCCACCUCUGAUUCAUUGCAUGAUAUACUUGGUUCAGAUGUGUUUUCCACUGGCGCUCCUUCAGCUCAGGUUGAUCUAUUUGGUGAUGACAUCUUUGCAUCAGGACCAGGGCUGCUGCCAGUUUCUGAGGCAAGUGAUGCAGCUUUUUUUAUGGACAGUCUGUUGGUGUCAGAAAGCAAAAAUACUGAGAAAGCAGCAGGAAACACGGUCACAGACAGCAGCUGGAUGGAUGAUCUGCUUGGGUGAUAGACUUUCUUGGUAUCAUAAAAAAAAGUACUUUAAAUGUCUCGAGAAUUAAAGAAAUCAUGUUAACAUUGUUUCAAAAAGCACAUCUUGAGUACAAGAAAAUGAUGUUACAAUAACAGCUAAUAUUGUUUUCGAGGCCCUUUUCGACUGGUCACCAAGUAGCAUCUGGCUUUUACGGAGCCCCUGAAGACCUGUAAGUUGAUAUACUUUUUCUUGUGAGCACAAGAUAUUUAUCUUGUGCGAACAAGAUAAGAUAUAAACGCAACUCAGUGAUGUCUUCAAAGCAUCGGCCAUAUCUGUUUAGUAAAGACAUGUCUUUACUAAACAGAUAUUAACAACUUAUUUAUCUUGUGUGCGUGCAAGAUAAUAACUUGUGCGUACAAAAUAAAAAAGUAUAAACUUUUGGGAAUCCAGGGGCUCCGUAGGCUUUUGUCUACAUUUGAAAUGGAUAUAAUCAGCAUUCACUCCUGUGUCAGCUCCAAUCGGCUGUGAUAGAAACAUGACACCCUGGUGAUUAGGCUAAUUUGGGAAGACAGCAGGGUGAGAGAGCGCCUCAGUUUUUGGCAUGUUUGUGAUAUUUAACAUGACACACCAGAAAAAAAAAGGAAAAGUCCAAUACUGGAAAUGGGAAAUGAGUCAAUCGCCUUUUUUAGAGGGUUCACCAGGGUUUAAAAAACAUUCCUAUACCUACUUACUGGUUUAAUAGAGGUAUUAAUGUAAUUUUACUCAAACAGUUUGUAACUUUAACAUGAUGUGGUAAAUAUUUCUCAAUGUUACUGCUGCGAAAAUGAAUUUUACAUGAAUGUGUAAAAAAGCAACUGCACAUAUUAUUUCUCAUGAAUACAUAGGUGAUAAAUGAUGAGAGUCAAGAGUAAUAACUAAGUGUAAUCAGAUAAUUUGUCAAAUAUACUACUUCUACUACCACUAUUACAAUCAGCAACCUUGAUACCAAAGUAUAAUGCAAUGAAAAUCAAGUCAAAAAUAAAAUUAACAACUUGCUGUUAUUCAGGAGUUGACAGAAAAUUACCACAUUUUAGAAAUGGCCUUGAGCUCGAAGACACAUGACUGAACAUAAUUUUUGAUUUGAUGAUUAAAACAGAUGUUAGUAUCAAAUAUUACCCCUAAAUUCCUAUCAGUCUUCUUAUCAUUUUACAGACCACCACGAUUAGCACCAGCACGUCUGAUGGCAUUUGGGGAACCAAACAGAAUGACCUCAGACUUAUCAUUAUUAAAUUGAAUAAAGUCUUUGGAGAUUCAUAUGUACAUGUGUUACUGAGUGUUAACCUGGCUAAGAGGCAGCAUGAAUAAAUAUGAAAGAGGACCAAGAAUGGAUCCCUGAGGGACACAUUGCAGCUGAGCUAUCUAUUAAGUAGAGUUAUUGAGAGUUACAGAUUUAUUUCUGUUGGAGAGGUAUGAACGUAGUGAGCUAAGAGCAGUGCCCUUAAUACAAAGAUCAACUGAAUCAAAGAGAUCUCACAUUCACACACAAGAGGUCAAAAGAAAGAACACACACAUACAGUAAAUUGAAUGUAAAUUGUUAUUGUUUACAGCUUUAGAUAUGCUGUGGCUCUGUGCCUAAUGCCUGCUCUGUAUACAUCGUGGAAAAUGAAUAUGCUGAUAUGAAAAUUAUUUGCUUUGAAUGAAUAUAAUGAUUAAAUAAUCUAUGAUAAAAUUACACCUUUGAAGUC